UUUUGGUUCUCUCUUUUUCGAACUGCUGUUGCAGAAAUCGAAUUUGAAUGCAACGCCAAUAUACAAACACAUGGCGUGCAACACAGCUCCUCCUCCUCCUCCUUCUUCAUCUUCAUCUUCAUCUUCAUUGCGAAUGCUGUCGAAACCUUGAAUCGCCACCAGACCAUGAAGAGGCCUCUCACGCUAACCGCAAGAGCUCGCGGCUGGCGGGUCCGAGCUUACUUUUCCGCGUCGGCUUCGCCGGAGACCCGACCGCAGACGCCCGAACGCCAGAGCACCGCUGUCUCGACGAACCCGCCGGCGGCUGGCGCCCGCGCGAGCCCUGCGCCGGCCCGGCACGCCGUCCAAGCCUCCCUGAUGAGCCUCGUCGAGAGUCAUGUCCGUUCGGACUGGCGGGGCUCGCCUUCUCCUCUGUUGCUCCGGCUCGGCGAGCCCAUCGAUAGCAGGUUGUGCAGGCACGUGAUCAGAGGCUACACGAGCCAGGGCAAGCACCUCCAUUCCGUGUUCGUGUUCAUCCAGAUGCAGCGAGUCGGCGUGCGCCCCGACUCGUUCACGUUCGCUCCGGUCCUCAAGUCCGUCGCGCGGUUGUGCCUCCGGGAGAUGGGGAGGUCCGUGCAUGCUUACGCGGCCAAGGCGAACGUCGAUGGCGACGUUUACGUGGGUACUUCGCUCGUUAAUUUAUACAGCGGGUGUAUGCUGAUCGGGGAUGCCCAUAAGGUGUUUGAUGAAAUGGGUGAGAGGAAUUCUGUUUCUUGGAAUGCGCUGAUAACUGGUUACACCCAUAAUAGGAAAUUUGCGGAAGCUCUCGAUUUGUUUAGGGAAAUGCAGGCUGAUGGGGUCGAACUGACUGAGGUCACAAUGGUGGGGGCUUUAUCGGCUUGUGCUCACUUGGGGGCUUUGAGUCUCGGCAAGUGGAUUCAUGAGUAUAUCGACUGCUACGGAUUAAGUUUGAAUGAGUUUCUGGGUACUGCCCUGGUGGACAUGUAUGCUAAAUGUGGAGCUGUAAUGGAGAUGGAGAAGGUUUUUAUAACAAUGCGAGCAAAAAAUGUCUAUACAUGGAAUGCCUUGAUUUCGGGCUUCGCCAUGAAUGGACACGGUGAAGCUGCUUUACAGGCUUUCUCUAGGAUGAUAAUGGAGAACCUGAAGCCUGAUGGUGUCACAUUUUUGGGCAUAUUGUGUGCUUGUUGUCACGAAGGUCUUGUUGAUGAGGGGAAGAAGUACUUUAGGAUCAUGAAGGAGGAGUUUGGAUUGCGUCCAGGAAUUGAGCAUUAUGGAUGUAUGGUAGAUUUACUUGGUCAAGCUGGAUUGUUUAGUGAAGCUCUACAUCUAGUCCAAAAUAUGGACUUGAAACCGGAUCCAAUCAUUUGGCGGACUCUGCUGGGUGCUUGCCGAACCCACCGUAAUGUUCCAUUGGGCAGGUAUGCGGCGAGGAAGCUUCUUGAGUUGGAGCCUACUAAUGCCGAAAAUUAUGUUUUGCUUUCAAAUAUAUAUGCUCAGGAUUCUAUGUGGGAUGAAAUAGCACAAUUGAGGGCAGUGAUGAACCAAAGAGGAAUUGCCAAAGUGGCUGGAUGCAGCUCAAUUGAAAUUGGAAAUGUAGUUUAUGAAUUUGUCGCAUCGGAUUGUCUAAAACCGGAGGUACGUGACUUAUUGGAUGACAUAAGGAAGGAACUGAAGCAGAUGGGUUAUGCUGCAAACACUGGCUUGGCCUUGUAUGACAUUGAGGAAGAGGAAAAGGAAAGUUCUGUUGCAUUUCACAGUGAGAAAAUUGCUUUGGCAUUCGGCCUUAUGAAAUCUCCUCCUGGAUCAACUAUAAGAAUAGUUAAGAAUCUUAGAGUUUGUCAAGACUGCCAUGUCUUUUUUAAGCUCGUCUCAUUGGUUUAUAAGAGGGAGAUCAGCCUUCGAGAUAGAAAUCAGUUCCAUCAUUUUGCUGGAGGCUCAUGUUCCUGCAGAGAUCACUGGUGAUACCAUCCAUUACGGGCGAUGUCAGAAAGUGUUUGCUCUUGCGGCCCCCUAUUUUUUCCCAGGAUACAUUUGGUCGGAGUUUGUAAAUGGAGCUUAAGCUAUUGUCAUUGUUCACCGGCACCAGAUGAAUUGUUUAAGUGAAGUGGAAUGCAUAAAGGCUUCUGUGAGGGUUUAGCAGCCAAGUCUGGUCCUUGUCUACACUAUAAAGCCAUUGGAACUUCUUGAACUAUCUAGAGCUUCUUCCAUUUGCACUGAAUCUGGUUCUUGCUUGUGGUUUAAUAGCAGGCUGGAAGUGAAGAUCUUUUGCUCUUUGCAGAGAUGAAGAUGACGAUCGAGAACUUAUUGCUUCCUUUACAAGUAUGUCUGUUUCUCAGCCUGUUUCUCAGCCCUCUGGGACGCCUUGUUCUUCUUGUCUUAAUUGUGGAACCUGAGUCUCUUUCUGACAGCAAAUAGUUGUCAGGACUCCAUCCAUGAUGUACCGGAUCAAUCACGACUACUAUUACGCAUGGUGACUUGGGUCCAGGCAAGACUUUCUUCUCUGCAGCUACCACCCCUCCAGGCUGUUUCCCUCAAUGGUGCAAACUAAUCAAUGCAUGACUGAGGGGGGAUUGGCUGCCUUUUGCACGCCUCAUGCAAAGUUGAGCUCGUGACAGGCACAGGGAAAAGAUAAGACAAAAGAAAUGGCUGUCAAAGUGACCAGACCAUAAACCAAUUCCCGUGAGUCUUCUCAGUCAAGGCAAAUCGAAUGCUAUAUUGUCUUCUUUGGUUUGAAAUUGCAAAGCUGCAUCUCAAAAAGACGCUUCUUGGUAGUUCAUUACUGCAGCUAUCUCUGGUACAGAAAUAGCACCAAGUUAUUGUCUCUAAGAGGAACCAGCAUUCUCUAGAGAAAAGGGAAAUAAGA